UGUCCACCGCUCGGGGCGGAGCCUGAGGAGCGGAAGCCAGUGUUGGUUGUCAAUGGGAAAAGGCAGGCUGUGGGAUUAAAGGGGAGCGCAGGCUUCGGCUGCGUCGUCCCGAGUCCUCAGCGGCCGAGCGAGCCUGGUACCUUUAAGGCAGAAUGAAGCGUCGGCCCUUUAAAGGAGAAAAGGUGGUGUCGGCCGAGUUUUGCCCAGCGGCACGGGAGGGGUGCUGGUCUGCGCCUUUAAGGUCGCAGUGCCAGGAGGCGGAGUGGAGGCGGAGGGCGGAGGGAGUCGGCACAAGAUGGCGGCGGGAGGGGCUGAAGCUGCGGCUCUGGUCGCCGAGUGAGGGGGGGCCGGGGGCGCGCGGCCAGAGACCCCCCCGGCCGCCUCCCCCUCCGACCCUGUGGCUGGGGGGGUAUCUCCUCUCGCAGCAUGGAGCCGUCGCUGUCGCCCGGCGGGGCCGCCCUGCCGCUGCCGCUGCCGCUGGCCCCGCCGCCCCUGCCGCUGCCAGCCGCGGCGGUGGUCCACGUGUCCUUCCCCGAGGUGACCAGCGCCCUCCUGGAGUCCCUCAACCAGCAGCGGCUGCAGGGCCAGCUCUGCGACGUGUCCAUCCGCGUGCAGGGACGCGAGUUCCGCGCCCACAGGGCCGUGCUGGCCGCCUCCUCCCCGUACUUCCACGACCAGGUGCUCCUCAAGGGCAUGACGUCCAUCUCGCUGCCCAGCGUCAUGGACCCAGGAGCUUUUGAGACCGUCCUGGCCUCGGCCUACACGGGGCGCCUCAGCAUGGCCGCCGCCGACAUCGUCAACUUCCUCACGGUGGGGUCAGUCCUCCAGAUGUGGCACAUCGUGGACAAGUGCACCGAGCUCCUUCGGGAGGGCAGAUCCUCGGCCACGGCCGCCGCCUCCGUCCCUGGGGCCGGCGUCCCGCCGGGGAGCGCGGCCCCCGCGGCCCCCGCCAGCGCGGGCUCCGGCCGCUCCCACACCUCCAGCCGCGCCAGUGAGAACCAGUCUCCCAGCAGCAGCAACUACUUCAGCCCGCGGGAGUCGGCGGACUUCUCCUCGCCCUCCCAGGACGCGUUCGCGGCGUCAGCGGCGGGCAGCGGGGGCCGACGAGAGGGUGGCCCGGCGUUCCCGGCCCCCGGGGUCGGCGGUGCGGCCGCCACGUCUGGAAAGCUGCUGCUGGAGGCAGACGAGCUGUGUGACGACGGCGGGGACGGGAGGGGGGCCGCGGCCGCCGGGCUCCGCAGGCCCAACUGCCUGCCCGCCAGCGUGGGGCCGCAGAAACACUGGGUCUACGUGAAGCGGGGCCGGAGCUGCCCCGCGCCAGCGUCGCUCGCUCACCAGGACCCAGAUCUAGAGGACGAGGAGGAGGAGGAGGAUCUGGUGCUGACCUGUGAGGACGAUGAGGACGAGGAGCUGGGGGUUGGCGUCGGGGUUCCUGCUGGGGGAGACCCCGAGCCCACGCUCAGCAUCAGCGACGUGCGGACCCUGACGGAGCCCGCAGACAAGGGGGAGGAGCAGGUCAACUUCUGCGAGUCCUCCAAUGACUUCGGCGCCUAUGACGGCGGGGGCGCCGGGCCGGGGCUGGACGACUCAGCAGGCCCCACCCCUUCCUCCUACGCCACCGCCCACCCUCCGCGACCUCUCCUUCCCCUGGAGGUGCCGGGCAACCCCAUGUUGGUCUUCCCGUCCUCCUCCUCCCAGGCCGCAGGCCAGACGCCGGGCAGCACGGCCGAACACGGGGCGGUGGCCCUGGGGGCCGCCUCCGCCCUGGGGCUGGGCGCGGCGAGCGGCUCUGGCGGGGCCCCCGGGGGGACGGGCGGCGGCGAGGGCAGCAAGAUCUUCCUGUGCCACUGUGGGAAGGCUUUCUCCCAUAAGAGCAUGCGGGACCGGCACGUGAACAUGCACCUCAACCUGCGGCCCUUUGACUGCCCCGUGUGCAACAAGAAGUUCAAGAUGAAACACCACCUGACCGAGCACAUGAAGACACACACGGGCCUCAAGCCCUACGAGUGCAGUGUCUGCGCCAAGAAAUUCAUGUGGCGGGACAGCUUCAUGCGCCAUCGCGGACACUGUGAGCGCCGCCACCGGAUGGGCGCGGGCGGCGCGGGGUCGGGACCCGGGCCAGGACCCGGCCCCGGGGCACCUGCUGGGCCAGCGCUGCAACCCAAGAGGGAGUCUUCCAGAGUGGGCGUGGGCAGCGGCGAUGAGGCGAGUUCGGCCACGCCCCCGUCCCAGAGGCGCGUGUGGUCCCCACCCAGCGUGCACAAGGUGGAGAUGGAUUUCAGUGGGGGCGGAGGAGCGCCCUGAGCGGCGGGCAGCUGAGGAGCUUAGUGUAACGGGGCCCCGUUCCCCCGCCACGCUGUCUGACCCUAUCGCUGUGGACUUGUAAAUAUUCUAGAGAGGGCGAAGGUGGCGCCGCCGCCGCCGGCUCACUCCGUCCCGCAGCCCCUUCCUCCCUCGGCUGCCCCCGAACUGAGCCUCUUCUGCUCGGGCAUACACAGCCCCACCUUCUCGGAGGAGGGCUGACCAGGUGGGGAGAGGAAAGGGCGUUUUGGGCAUCCUGGAGUCCCAGGGUCAGGCUGUGCUUGUCUGUGUCUGGGGUUUGUGUUUGGGGAUGAGGCCUCUGAUUCGCCCUCAUUUCUGUACCUUCCCACUUUUGCCACGGGGGACCCCCGGCUAGGCUUUCAUGAAAGUGGGUGGAGACACGGAGUGAGUCGCGUAGUAUAGGUUUUAAAUUUUUAAUCGUGAUUAAAAUAUUUAUUGGUCACUUCA